AUGGGUUGUUUAAUUCCGACAAAACUUUUAUUGCUACUAAUAUUUUUUCUAUCUAUCUAUCUAUCUAUCUAUCUAUCUAUCUCAGUCUAUUCAUAUUAUCUAUCUAUCUCAUUUUUUAUUGCUAAUAAUAUUUUUUAUCUAUCAAUCUAUCUAUCUAUCUAUCUAUCUAUAAAAUUUCUAUUCAUAUUAUCUAUCCAUCUAUCUUUCAUAUAUCCAUCUAUCUAUCUAUCUAAUCUAUCAGUCGCAUUGAAUUAUCUAUCUAUCUAUCUAUCUCAUCUAUCAAAAAUUUCUAUUUAUCCAUCUUAUCUAUACAUCUAUAUAUUUAUCUAUCUAUUAUUAUAUCUAUCUCAAUUGUAUUCAUAUUAUCUAUCUAUCUAUGACAUCUAUCUAUCUAUCUAUCUAAAAAAAAAUUCAUAUUAUCUAUCUAUCUAUCUAGAAAAUCUAUCUAUCUAUCUAUCUAUCUAUCUAUAUCUCAGUGGUAUUUGUAUUAUAUAUCUCCUUAUCUAUCUAUUAUCUAUAAAUCUUAAUAUUCAUAUUAUUCUAUCUAUCUAUCUAUCUAUCUCAGUGUAUUCAUAUUAUCAUCUAUUAUCUAUCUAUCUAUCUAUAAAUCUAUCUAUCUAUCUAAUCUAUCUAUCUAAAAAAUUUUAUUUCCUAUCUUUCUUUCUUUCCUUCCGGAAGUUGAAUAGUCGGAAAUCAAGGGAUUCAAAUUUUCGCGCCACUGAUUGUUUUUUUUCUGUAAUUUGGAUUUAUUCUCUCAUAUUUUUUUUUUCCUUUUACAAAUUGUUUUUCCCUUUGUUUAAACUCCUUUCUUUGAAGUCCAUAUGUAAUGGCCGCUCUUCUUUGGCCUCCGUACGGAGAACCAGGAUACUCCCUUGGGUUAGAACGUCUCUGAUUCGCGUCUGUUCUCUCCAACGACUCGAGGCUCACUGCGUCUUUCUUGUACUGUCACUUACAAAAAAAAACCCACCCCACCCAGCCAGACUCACUCGUCCCCACACCCAGAGACAGUAUAAUGGAAACCUGUCAGUUUUCUUUUCAACGGUCUCAUCACGUCUCAAUUUCGCUCGACUGACUCUCUCCUCACUCACUCACUUUCUCUCUCUCUCUUUCCCCUCUCUCUCUUUCCCCCCCCUCUCUUCCCCCCCCCUCUAUCUUUUCAUCUCUUUCUUCCUCAGCAAACCACCCCACCAUCCCACUCUGAGCCUGUCGCCAUCAACUUCUUCUUACGUCAUUCUUCAUCGAAUUACACCCUUAUGCUUGAAAAAUUUAAAAAAUGGAAUAUUAAAAUCUAUCUAUCUAUCUAUCUAUAUUUUAUAUAAUCUAAUAAAAAAAAAUUUACAUUAUAUUUAUAUCUAUCUAUCAUCUAUCUAUCUAUCUAUCUAUCUAUCCUUUUAUUAUCUGUCUAUAUUCAGAACAAAAUUCAACUAA